AUGUCUUACCGUGACGAACUCGAUCUCUACGUAGCCAUUGGCAAUCGCGAAGAGCAUAUGAAUAUUCGCCCCGUUGCAAUAAGGCAAAGCCACCCAGCACACUGGAUGUUGCUCGUCAUUCCACCCGAACAGACCAAUAAAUGCACCUUUAUCCACGUGAAGGGAGGCCCCAUCGACUACGAGCACUCUAUCCAGCAUAACAGACGUCUAGAUAGACUCAAAGAGCAAUCCAAAGAACGAAUUGGCAGGAUCCAUGAAUCGGAUCUGCGGCUUCUACUCGCCCUGGCAGAAAGGGUAGAGCCGAAGCGGUGCCAGCUGUACGUGGCAGAGCUUCUGGACAGGAUGAACGAGAGAGGCCUGGUCCGGCGCCAGGUCGUUGAGAAAUACCAGACCAUGAUUGAGCCGUCGCUGUGGACUCAACUUACGCGAGCGGGAAUACCGGACGUGGACGCUGCUACGGUGACGCUGAAUCUGGCGAAGAUCUAUCGAGAAUUCGACGAGGUGGACGAUAUGCAGGAAGAUACAUGCCUCUAUGACUAUGCGCUUGAUUUCGGUGAUACCAGAGACGCAGAUGCUGCGAUCGACACCGAGGAAGCCACAGCGCCGGCCUCCAACUCGGGGGUAAUGCUAAUGGCUGAAGAAGGGCCGUCGAGUGGAAGUUUACCUCACAGAGAGAGUCGUGAGCAGCGAGAAACGAUGGAUUAA